AUGGCGGCGCGAUGGGGCUCGUUUCUGCAGCAGGCCGUGGCCGGUGUCGAGUCGCGCCUGGAUACGAUUCUGGCCGAGUCGGACGAUGAUCGCAGUGCAGGAGAACCUGCAGCUGCUGGACUGGCAGCGGCAACUGCCAGUCCCAAGGUGACGAGCUCUGGAAGAAGCACAAGGCGAGGAGGGGGAGGGGAAACGGCAAUGCUUCCAAUCUUCUUCAAGGCUUCAGCACGCACGCAGCUGGCUAACCAGGCAAUCCGCACAGCAAACUCUCGAGCGUCGUCGACCAACCGCGCCAAUGAUCGGCUACAGGCGAGGCUGGCCAAGGCCAUGGCCGGCAAGAAUGCGCCUGCGGCAGGAGACAAUCGGGCGAAUGCCUCACCACGCAGCUCGAUCGAUGUGGCCAGCCGAAGCUCCAUGGAGAGGCCCUCGAUGGACAAGGGGGACAGGUCUGAGCCUCUACCGGAUCAGAGACCCGAACCCGAACCCGAACCCGAGUCUGCCCAAACUGCUGUCGAUUCUGCCCCUACUGAUACCUCUACGACGGCGACGACUACAACCACGACAACAAUACCAAUACCGAUAACGAUAACGGACGAGGAUACGACUGCCGAGGUUGUACUAGAACCCGCUCCUGAUGAGACAAACGAUACUCUUCCCGAGACUGAAGCGCAACCGGCGUCUGAAGAAGCACCUGCAGAAGAGGGGGAAGUCGAAUCUCCACCCCCGGUCGAAAAUGAAAUUCCAACACACAACGAGCCGGUAACAGUGCCAGUGGUAGAGAAUGGAGCUGAUGUGUCCGAAGUUUCUCGCGAGCUGGAGGAGGCCAAAUUGCGACACCGAGAGGAGAUCCAAGAGUACGCCGAACGCAUCGACUCUUUACAGGCCAAAAUCCAGUAUCUUUCCAAGAGUGCCGCCGAAACGGCAAACAAAGCUGCAUCUUCAGCCCCAUCCGGCAGCCUGGAAAAGAAGCUAGCGGAAAAAGAUGAAAGGAUCGCGCUGUUAAUGGAAGAAGGUCAGAAGCUAGCCGGAGCAGAUCACAAGUAUCGAACAUUGAUCAAGACAUUGCGGCUUCAAAUAAGUGAACGCGACAAGCAGUUGGAUGAGGCACGCAAGGCAACGGAUAAGGCAGUAUCGGAUGUUGAGGCACUGCGCAACCGGUUGGACGGAGAUGAAGAGAAGGAAAAGCGUCGACGAGAGGCGAUAAAGGCCACCACGAGCCUACGCAAGGAAAUUGACAGUCUAAAGAAGGAGAACACUAAUAAAGAUGCGGCCAUACGCCGACUUGAACAGGAAGUCAGGGCCAAAGAGGAGCAGGGUGAGGUCGCCAAGGCCGAUGCUCUAAGCAAGGCGAUUGCCGCAGAGCGGGUGAAGCAAAAGGAGCUCGAAGAUGCCAAUGAUGCCGUUCGAGCAGAGUUGGAAGCCCUCAGCGAGAAAGCCCGUCUGGACGCCAUAGAAUGGGGCGAGAAGCUCGAGCGCGCCACCCAGCGCGGUAGCACCGUCGAAGCCGAGCUACGGCUUGAACUCCAGAACAUGGAGAGCAAGCUAGAAGGCGUACGGGUGACGGCAGAGGAAGCGGCUUCGAGCACAGGCGGUGAAGCCCAGAUGAAGCUGUUCCGGCAGAUAGAGACGCUGCAGUCUCAGUAUGCCUCUGCCAGGCAAAAUUGGCAGGGUAUCGAGGCGUCUUUAAUGGCAAAGACAACAAGCCUGGAGAGGGAGAGGGACGAAGCUGAGCGCCGCGAGUCGGAAAUGCGUAAAAAAGCGCGAGAUGCGGCCAAACGCGGUAGAACUCUCGAGGAUGAGCUGCAAGACGUCCAACUGCAGCUGGAGGCUUGCCGCGAAGAGUUAGCUAUUCUCAAAAAGUCCACCAAAGCCACAGAGACGGCUCUCGAACAAACACGCUCCGAUCUAGAAAAGGAGAAGCAAGCAGCGAGCAGAUCCUUUACAGCCGAGACAGGACGACAGUGGGCCGAUGAAGUUGCAGUAGCAACAUCGCGAAACCAGAGUCGCCCAGAGUCGCCGUUACUCUCCGUUCCACGAACAUUCAGCUCCGAAGCCGUCGGAUUGUCCGUCCCCAACCGCAUACGACGGUCACCUACCCCUGUGAGUAUAACGGAUGCUGUAGGAGAAGGGCUCGGCAUCCUUCGACGACCUCCCACGCAUCUCCCGACCCGAACAGGAACGGGAACAUUCUCACUUACCGGGUCUAUCCCACCAUCUCCAUUCUCUCCUCUGGACCCGCCGUUGGGAUCACCUCCCGCGCUGCCCCCGUCCGUAAUGGAGAGGGAGAAUGGAAUCAGCGAUACUGCCCCCUCGUCUCCCCGUAAUCUCGCGCAAGACAUGAUUUCGGUAUCGACGGUAGCGGCGGGGCCGUCGGUCCAGUUGGUGGAAAGGAUGAGUGCCGCGAUACGUCGUCUAGAGGCGGAAAGAGUGGCGGCCAAGGAAGAGAUGGCGAGGGUGUGUAGCCAGAGAGACGAGGCAAGAGGAGACAUGGUGGCCCUGAUGAAGGAACUAGAAGACGCAAAAGCAGCGUCCGCAAGGGUGCCAGAGCUGGAGAAGCAAGUCGCUGAUUUGGAUACAAGAUAUCAAACUACGCUGGAGCUGCUGGGGGAGAAGAGCGAGCUGGUUGAUGAGCUGAGGGCAGAUGUGGAUGAUGUCAAGACGAUGUAUCGGGAGCUGAUUGAGCGGACAGUAAAGUAA